AUGCAUCCUACAACACUCUUCACCUUCACUCUCCUCUCCCUGACCGCCUCCGCCCUCCCCCUCAACAUCAACCUCGGCGCUUACUCGCCUGCCCUGGUGGUCGGUGAUGGUGCGAUCUCCUUCGAAGGAGAAGGGGAAGGGGCAGCAGGCAGGAACGGCGUAGCCAGCAUCGUCAACGCCCUCCAGGGCGCCGCUACCAACGAAGCGGGCGCAUCCGUGGCGAAUGCUAAUGGUGCCGCGGUUGUUGCCGGUGCUGGGAAUGGCCAGGCAGAAGGGGCGCCGCCGCCGAUUGUGGCGGCUGCUGUUGCGGAGGGCCCCAGUGGGGUAUUGAAUGAUCCGACUGCUGCGUUACCGACACCGGGGGCCGCGAAGCUUCUUGACCCGCGAGAGUGA